AUGGAUGAUCAAGAGAAUAAAGAUCAAAACAGCCUUCCAGGCCAACAGUCGACGGCUGGCAGCAACAGUGAUCAGCCCAACUCAGUGACGGAUUUUAGCAUGCUGUCACCCGAAGCGCAGGCGCUUGCAAAUCAAUAUAGUGAAGAAUUUCAGUUAAUUUUGGAGACCUAUGGAGCAGAAUUCAUAGAAACCAAUAUGCCUACAUUUCUGGGCGUUUUGAAGAAAUUAGAUGAAGUCUUUGGAAUGUAUUCGGAUUUGAAGACAAGGAAUGCAAAAGAAACUGAUGAUGAGGCCUCUCACUAG